CAUGACGCCACUUACGAGGCGAGGCUUGGAAGCCCAAAGCAUUAAAUACUCUUGAGAUGCUUCCUUGUAGAUAGGUCAAUUUUCAUUCACAAUCGCAAAGCCGCCAGGCGAGUUGUCAUUUGCUGUGGGACAAUAAUUAUCAUCGACCAUUUAGCCGAGUCACGGCGCGCAGCUCAGCUCAGGAUGACUAUACAAAUUAUUGUUGCACGGACAUUUGGCUAUGUGGACCCAAACUUCGCCAAUCCUGGAGGACCAAACGAUACCAGCAUCAUCAUUUACGGGUACACACCAUCUAUCGCUAUCGCGGCUUUCGCUGCAGCAUGGUUCUUUUUUCACUUGAUAACCCACACUGCGCAAAAUUGGAAAUAUCGCAGCUGGUGGUGGAUGACGUUUUCCACGGGCUUGGUCUUUGAGAUCAUAGGCUACAUUGCAAGGAGCUUAUCAGCCAAGAAGGACCCGUACAACCUCAUCUAUUUUGUCCUCAACUAUUUCUUCGUCGUCACUGCACCGGUCUUUCUCGCGGCUGGAAUAUACACCGUCCUUUCCGCCCUUAUUUCCAGAUUGGGAAACAAGUAUUCGUUUCUCCGGCCAGCAGUCAUCCUGGGGUUUUUCAUUACUUCCGAUGCAAUUUCAACGAUCGUGCAAAUUGCCGGCGCCACCCUCGUGGGCGUAAAGGAGUCUCGACGUCAAGAUCCUACAAUUGCGAACAAUAUCCUUCUAGCAGGUCUUGCCUACCAAGUAUUCGCUAUGAGUAUCUUUGUCCUGCUGAUGGCAACAUUCCAAUUUCGGGCUCGACAUGCAAUUAAGGAACAUAGGCUUCAGGUCUUUUGUCUCUCUUUCACGGUCUCAACCCUCAUGGUCUACAUGCGUACAAUCUUCCGUCUCAUUGAGACAGCAGAGGGUCUGGGAGGGAAGCUGUCAACACAUGAAGUCUAUUUUGCAUGCCUCGAAUUCGCGCCUAUCGCGCUUGUGGCUCUUCUCUUUUGUAUUUGGCAUCCGGGUCGCUGCCUUGGAGCUAAAGUGCGUGUUCACCACGAGAAGCUGCCGGUUGGAGGAAACUCUGGCUCUGCUGCUGGUCAUUCCUACUCCUAGGUAGUUGUUCAACCGUAAUAAGUUCUAUAUUUAUUGUUUAAUGCACCCCGGGCUCUCUCUUGCCUUAAAGUAAUGUGAAAUAAGAAAAACCCUUUGUUUACG